AUGAUUCAGAUCUUUGCUACCUAUUCUCAUUGGGACUACGUUAACAAAGAGAAAGUGGAAGUCUCACCUGAAUCAUCGCGAUACUUGGAUGCUGCCAGUGGAAGACACGUGAAGCAAGAUGCCGCGGCACUUUCCGCUCCACUCACAUCGCACCCCUCCUGGGACAAUCUGAUAGUAGCCCACUCUGAAAUAUACAGAAGGAGACCAUCUCUUCAUUUGAUGAGACAUCUCCUGGUCUUCAUGUUUGCCAUAGAAGAAAUAAACACAAGAUCUGACCUCUUACCUAAUAUCACUCUGGGAUACAAGAUCUAUGACUCCUGUGUGUUCGAACAUAAAGCUGUACAGAGUGCACUGAGUAUACUGUCAGGACGAGAAGAAGCCGUCCCCAACUACAGCUGUGAUGAGAAGAACAAAGUGGUGGCUUUUAUCGGACACCUGAUGUCUUCCUCCAGUCUGUCCCUAGCGGAGAUAACUGGGAUCUAUGGCUACCCUCAGAUCAGCUAUGGAGCGAUGGAUCCCAUCUUCAGUAACAAGCUCCUGUUUCCUUAUUUCUAUCGCACAGUCCCUGAUGGGUCCACUCAGUAUGAAGCCAUUGUCCUCCUACUGGAGAACUUUGGCUGGAGCUGGGUGGGGAUGGUGACAGUAGAUGAUGAUAGCAGCCAACGAGCCGGCAUGGACCUCUACAAUCUGAACCAAUAUAUCAGAAGAGUUAAUUUUAUAACUUCUGGUGGAGAUUCCAUUCACCUUGAUGAGAAAGGAAACUUUCCGACAAGAUUUGAUCUGGUAAAUUAUCAGGUAUUUGCUAACCGAACCGUGGGAAAACAAACAGUGGGACAUCUCCAUGAAGACAAAGGUCAUCAUCAGCUUCUUAUAAAUGAGAGCUCAAUUAUUUGGAAAUCACAACUUCCACCGCGCUCCAUCUGUAGUGAGAGUUGCCUCCAUGGAUACUGGAAAGUCCUACUGGAAGGAAAACAGAAAUGCUGCUACUACUGUGCCCCCUGUGCAGAAGGCGAGAUCUCCAACCAGACUGAUAUGGGAACAUGCUUAGUGUGUCCUAACGAUCACUGGUCAAAUGGAAGAAGAGAUUCCUGCGUUCCAAGACCGAUUGAAUUCCUGUCUUAUGGAGACACACUGGGGUCAUCUCUAAUUAUUAUAAAUCUUACAUUUUGCCUUGUGACUAUAGUUGUGUUGGGGAUAUUUAUAAAAAAUAAAGAUUCUCCGAUUGUGAAAGCCAAUAACCAGAAUCUCAGUUUUAUACUUCUCCUCUCACUCAUCUUCUCAUUUUUAUGUCCUCUCUUAUUCAUUGGACGUCCCUCAGAUAUAUCAUGUCUCCUCCGACAAGUGUCUUUUGGAAUCAUUUUUAGCCUUGCAGUUUCUUCAGUCUUAGCUAAAACAGUGACUGUAGUCUUGGCUUUUCAAGCCAUUAAACCAGGCAGGAUACUAAGGCAGUGGAUGAAGAGACACCUCUCCACAUCCUUACUUGUUAUAGGCUCAUCUGGAGAAGUUUUGAUCUGUGUCCUCUGGUUGUUUUAUUCUCCACCAUUCCCAGAUUAUAACACUGGAAUAGAGGUUGGAAAGAUAAUCUUACAAUGUAUUGAGGGAUCUGCCAUUGCUUUCUACUUAUCCAUCGGCUACAUUGGAUUUCUGGCAAUGAUGAGCUUUAUUGUAGCCUUCUUGGCCAGAAGACUUCCAGACACCUUCAAUGAGGCUCAGUACAUCACCUUCAGCAUGCUGGUGUUCUGCAGUGUGUGGAUCUCCUCCAUCCCGGCCUACCUCAGCACCAAGGGGAAAUACAUGGUGGCUGUGGAAGUUUUUGCUAUCUCAUGUUCCAGUGCUGGACUUCUGGGCUGUAUCUUCAUUCCCAAAUGUUAUAUUAUUCUACUGAGACCAGAACUCAACACAAAGUCCAAUAUAAGGGUCAUAAGAAGACAUUGUACAGGGGAAUUUUGA